ACUUCUUACCUUGCAGUACACACACACCUCAUGGCUUUGUUAUCUCUAAAAUAAAAACCUCUCUCGAUAUGAAGUAUUAAGCGCUUUGUCUUCUCUCCUCCCGACACAGCAAAGUCUUGAGAAGUUCCUUGAGCCCGAUCUCUGUUUUUUUAAAAAAAAUAUAUAUUAGAAAUCUUUCAAGCAUGAGGUUGGUAAGCUUCCUUUUGUUACCGCUGCUGACCGUACACUCUACUUGGGGCGACACUCAGCCUGCAGCAUGCUGCCCUCCUUCUGUCUACGAGGUCAAAGCCACCAUGUUUCAAGCAAUUCAAGAGGAUUCACGAUUCAAAUACCAAGAGGUCAGAGCCUCACAUUGGAUAGACAGCAAUGCAAAACUUCAAGCAUCAGAACUCCGCCAAAAACUUUCCAAUGGAACAUAUAGUUUCUUGACCAGAGCAGUUGCUGUCUACAAUAAGAGCAGGUCAUACACAAGGGUUGCUGACACUUGCAUAGCGCUGGACCUGAAUGGUGCUGGGAUGGUGGAUCCGUAUUGCACGAAUAAUGCAACCUACAUCCGCUCCCUCGUGUUGGGGUACGGCCGCAACACUCUCCAGGUGAACAUCAGGCAGAACACUGUGAUGCUGAUGGGAAAAGAUUCUCAACUGACUGACAUCAGCACAGCAGACUGUGUUCCUGUCCUACAGGGUUUCGCCAGUUACAUAGAUAGUGGGUUCCAGUAUAGUAUAGGUGUUUAUGACAACUUCCAGCCUCACAUCAGUGACAGAGCUGUGUUCAAUGUACCCGAAGAAUGCCGGAAUGCUACGGUCCAGAGAGUUGAUGCCUAGAGUGAAUGUGUUCACAUGUAGCCUGGGACUAACAGUCGUUUACUGUCUUCUUAUGACAUGAGCACCUGUGAACAGUACACUCUGGUGUGUAGUAUGUCGAAUGCAUUCAUGAUUAAAGAAAGGUCUAGUCGGAAUAAAAAAAUUCUUCAAGUUAAAAAAGAACGAAAAAA